CCUGCUUGGGGUUGCAGACGAGACAGGAGCUUUGCUCGGCAUGCUGGCUCAGUGCUUCCCUGCGAUCGCCCGUCCUUUGCUGAAUGGACCUGCUGUGCCCAGAGCGUGGGCUCUUGGUGUGUCUGGAAGAGCAAUGCGCAGCCCCGCUCUUCUCAGUCCACAUCCUGGGAGAGGCUUCAGUUACACCCACCGGCUACAGGAUGCCCCCAGGGACCCCAGUUCUGCAGACAGAGUAACAAUUAAUUUUAUAAAUCGAGAUGGAGAGAAAUUCUCAGCCACAGCUAAAGAAGGGGAAAGUUUGCUGGAGGUGGUGGUGAAUCAAAACCUCAACAUCGAUGGCUUUGGGGCCUGUGAAGGGGCAUUGGCUUGCUCUACGUGCCACCUCAUCUUUGAUGAUAACACUUUCCAGCAACUGGACCCUGUCAUGGCAGAGGAGCUGGAUAUGCUGGACCUGGCCUAUGGCCUGACAGACACGUCUCGUCUUGGCUGCCAGGUGCGUGUAAAGAAGUGGAUGGAUGGCCUGACAGUCCAGGUCCCCAUGGAGGUAUCUGACAUCAGGAAAGAACUGGAAGUGGAGAAGCAGAGCAAGCAAUAGCUGAUACGGGCUCUACAAUAUGUCCUUUCUCUGGGAUACCCACCACCGUGUCUGUUUCUUUUGUUGUUGUUCAUCUCUGUGUCUUCCUGUCAUCGAAAAUCUUAAGUAGCAGGGGUCUCUGUUUACUUCACAUCAAAGUACUGCCUUGGUUUAACAGCUACCAAUUUUAAUUAAAGCUUUUAAUUUGA